CAACUCGGUCAUUGUAUAAAAUGUGUCUUUUCUUUGUUAGAUAUCAAUGGAACUGUAGAAUUCUUCAACAUUGACUUGAGUUGGAAUUACGCCAUAUAUAUCCAUUUCCUUGUUACUGAUAUUUGUAUUACAGAUACACACAUUAGGAUAUUUUUCUUAAUCGGCCUUAAUUUUGUUUGAUUUGGGUUGCGAUUGGCUUUUUCCUUAUGGUGCUUGUGGUAUUGUGAUUACAUGUGAUUUUCAAUCUGCUCAUAUUCAGGUGGCCAUAAAAAUUUGUGCUUCUAAGAUGGCAACGGCCCAGCUGAAGAUUAUUGAGUUGGACGAAGGAUGGGAAAUUAUGCAGAAGGGAAUCACAAAAAUGAAGAAAAUUUUAGAAGGACAACAACAUUCUUUCAGCUCCGAAGAUUCCAUCAUGCUCUACACAACUGUAUAUAAUAUGUGUACACAAAAGCCGCCAAAUGAUUACGCGCAGCAGUUGUAUGACAAGUACAAGGAAGUAUUUGAAGAAUAUAUCAAUUCGACU